CGGCAGCUGCGUCAUCCGUGGGCGGUGCGGCGCCGUAAGCGUGAGAGGUGGGUGGUGUCCGCGGUCAUGGCGACUCGCAGAGCUCUGCACUUCGUGUUCAAAGUGGGAAACCGCUUCCAGACUGCAUAUUUCUAUCGUGAUGUCCUGGGGAUGAAGAUUCUUCGACAUGAGGAAUUUGACGAAGGCUGCAAAGCUGCCUGUAAUGGGCCUUACGAUGGGAAAUGGAGUAAAACAAUGGUGGGAUUUGGACCCGAGGAUGAUCAUUUUGUUGCUGAACUGACGUACAAUUACGGUAUCGGAAACUACAAGCUUGGCAAUGACUUCAUGGGAAUCACACUCGCUUCUAGCCAGGCCGUCAGCAACGCCAGGAAGCUGGAGUGGCCGCUCAGUGAAGUUGCGGAAGGGGUUUAUGAAACCGAAGCCCCGGGAGGAUAUAAGUUCUAUUUGCAGAACUGCAGUCCACCUCGGUCAGAUCCUGUAUUAAAAGUCACUCUAGCAGUGUCUGAUCUUCAGAAGUCCUUGAACUACUGGUCUAAUCUACUGGGAAUGAAAAUUUAUGAAAAAGAUGAAAAGACGCAAAGGGCUUUGCUGGGCUAUGCUGAUAACCAGUGUAAGCUGGAGCUACAGGGCAUCCAAGGGGCAGUUGAUCAUGCAGCAGCUUUUGGACGAAUUGCCUUUUCUUGCCCCCAGAAAGAGUUGCCAGAAUUAGAAGACUUGAUGAAAAGGGAGAACCAGAAGAUUCUGACUCCCCUGGUGAGCCUGGACACUCCGGGGAAAGCAACGGUGCAAGUCGUCAUUCUGGCUGACCCUGAUGGACACGAAAUUUGCUUUGUGGGGGACGAAGCAUUUCGAGAACUCUCUAAGAUGGAUCCAGGGGGAAGCAAAUUACUGGAUGACGCAAUGGCAGAAGACAAAAGUGAUGAAUGGUUUGCCGAACGAAAUAAGCCAAAGGCUUCAGGUUAAGAGAAGGUACCAUGUGAAACAAGCAUUUGGGAUUCUGCCGAAUGCCUGUGAGGCCUGACGUGUGCCCUAUGUGAUAAACACUCUCCCAGCUUGAUUGUUUCCCGUGCAGCCAAGGAGGCUGGGGUGGUGGAGAUUUGCAUUUCUAAUAUGUGAGAGCUCUGAUAUAUUUUAGAGAGAAAAUCAGUCCAUUUAGAGGAGAACUCUGGCCGUUACCUACACUGUCCCUGCAAAGGGCACAUUCUGUAUGUGACUAUAUUAGAUUAAUAAUAAAUUCUCCGGCCUGGGGCAGCUCUAUGGAACAUUACCUAUGUUGGGGAUAGAGUGAGUUUUGAUAAGAAUGUAGAUUCAAUGAGAAUCCAGAUCAGUUGCAUAUAGCAGGAGUAUUUCCAACACCUGAUUGACGCUCCCACAUUCCUUGCUUUCAAAUUUUGAGCAGCCAGAGAAAACAGACAGAAGGAUCUAAGGUGCUGCAUUUCCCCGUGCCUGGCUCUCUGUGUGGUUUUUUUGUUUUUGUUUUUAUGUAUAUACGUCUUCAUAAGAAAAUGUUAGAUUUCUUAGAAAUGGGUUAGGUGGUUUCUUCAGCUUGAAAAUUAAAGUAUAUUUUCUUGUUUUCUGUUUGAUUCUGCAGAACAAGUCCAUUUUAAUCACUGGAAAUAAAUUAAGCUGGGCAUAUUAUGAAAUGUAUUUUGAAAUUAUGCUUCUGAAAUCAAGCUGCUCACAACCAGUCCAUUAGACUCAUUAUUUAAAGUGGUGGCCAUCGACAGAAUAAUUUAAAUCAACCAUGAUAGAAAAAAUAAAAACCUUAAAAAAAUUAAAUAAAAAUUUUUAAAAAA